UGGGUUUGACAUAUCGUCAAGUUUGAAACAGUUUUGGUAUAAUAAUAAGCUUAUUUGUCUAUGUAUGCAGCCAACUCUCAUGAAAACUAUUUUGCUCUAAGUAGACCAAUACUUGGAAUUUCUGGAAGUAGGUGAGCCAGAGGUGUGAUCUUUAAUUAAGAAAGAAACUUAGUUAAAUGGAAUGACUCACUAUAAGAAUAAAGAGAUUUAAAAGACAAAACAUCACCAAGUGUGUGGAAGUUUAAAUUAAUGGAUGGCAAGAGUUCUUCGAAGAGUGUUCUACAAAUACAGACUUUUUCUGUUCUUCAUUUUAAUGUUGACAAUAAUUGGAUCAUGUUUUCUUGCCCUUUAUCCAAUACAAGAACAAAAAAAUACCAGAGAAGUAAAAGAUGACAAAGGUGAAAAUGUUGUUAGGGAAGAAACUAAAAAUGUGAUUAAUAAACAUGAAGAUGAAUCUCCAGCUACUGGUCAUAGGUUAGCUGUUAUAGUUCCAUUUCGUGAUAGAUUUGAAGAACUUAUGGACUUUGUUCCCCAUAUGACAAAGUUUUUAAAUGCACAAAAAGUUCACCACAAAAUAUUUGCAAUAAACCAAAUAGAUAAUUAUAGAUUUAAUCGAGCUUCCUUGAUCAACAUAGGUUUUUUAGAAAGUAAAUCACAAUGUGAUUAUAUAGCUAUGCAUGAUGUUGACCUUCUUCCUUUAAAUCCAGCACUGAGCUAUAGUUAUCCUGAAAAUGGAGCUUUUCAUGUUGCAGCACCCGAGUUACAUCCCUUAUAUCAUUACAAAAAGUUUGUUGGUGGCAUUCUAUUAGUGAAAGGCAGUGAUUUUGAAAAGUUAAAUGGUUUAUCUAAUAAAUAUUGGGGUUGGGGUCUUGAAGAUGAUGAGUUUUUUGUUCGUAUGAAGAAACUUGGCAUUACGAUCACACGACCAGUUGGAAUAACAACAGGUAAUCAGACAUUUAAACAUGUACAUGACAGACGUCGAACCAGAGAUAAAAGUAGAUUCUUUGAUCAAAAAGAGAAAACAAGACGAUUAGAUAAAAUAACAGGAGUGAAUUCUGUUGAUUAUACAGUGGAUAGUAAACAUGAAUUAACUAUUGAUGAUGGCUGUGUAACAGUUAUAAAUGUCAAGUUAAAAUGUGAUUUAGACUUUACCCCAUGGUGUCUUAUGAAAGAAGAUCAUGAGGUUUAUCUAAAAUUAAAAGAAAGUCAAGCAAACAAAAACAAAAUUAAGAAAAAAUGAAAAGAUGUUAUUAAAGCUUGCAAUUAUAUCUUGUAUCAUUUAUCUUGAUUUAAAGCUGAUCAUCAUUUGCCUUUUGUAGACAAUAAUUAAUUUUUCACGGCUAAUCCACCCUGAAAUCUACUCAGAUUUAUUAUUUACUGUUUGAUUAAGAAAAGAAAAUAUCAAUGGUAUAUAUAAUUUUUCGACUUGGAUUCAAUUGUAUUUAAAAAGGCCCCAUCAAACAAUUCCAUCCGACACUUAUAUAGGUGGUGCUGGUUUGUUUAUCUUGUAGCUAUUUUGUAGCUAAUCAGAAUUAACUAUUUUUAGAUUGAUGAUAUUCCCUUUUGAGAUUCGACGUUCACAAUAUUGUUGUUUCAAAAUCCCUCAAAUGAUCGGCAGCUUUAAACAGUGAUAACUCACUACACUUAAGAAAAGGUUUUCUGAAUUUACUGUGUUCCAUGUUAAUUACGAGACUACUGUUUAGAAUGUUGUAACAAUUGUUUAGAAUUAACAAAAGACCUGUCUAGUUUAAAUGUAGCCAGGGAUAUGAAUUUAUAUAAGCUUAGACUUGCUUUCAAAUCCAUUAUAUCAGUAUUAUAUAUAUAGUGUAUAUACACAUGGAAAAGCGUCAGGUUUACAAAUGUUCAGUUUUCAUUUAAUUAGUUAAAACUAACAAUUUUUCAGUAAAUCAGUUAUAAAUUCACAGAUUUGAGUAAAUUAGUUAGAAACUAACAAUUUGUAUCACCUAUAUCGAUUGAAUGGAUGGGUGGAUUCAUCUCAGAUAAGGAUUUGUAGACCUGAAAUUCAACAGGAUGGAAUGGGUUCUUACUGUGGGUAUCAAUCAAACAUUAAGAUUUUUAUAGAAUAGAUAUAUAUGUUUAACUAUAUGCAUGUUCUAUUAUUUGUUACUUUGUUAUUAACCUUUAUUAUGUUAUAGAUACUUGCUUAUUUUUCGGGAGCCACGGUGGCUAAGUGGGUAAGACGCUGGGUCGCUAGCCUGGAGGUCGCGUGUUUCCCUGCAUUGGCCAAGAAAGUUCAUCGGGAUUUUCCGACGUGGUUUCCCCUUGUCAGUUUUGCAGGACGGAGGACCUGAUAAGGACAGCUGUCCAGUCAUUUGGAUGAGACAAAAAACUGAGGUCCUGUGUAUACAUUGGCGUGCGCAUAAAAGAUCCCUUGGCAGAUGCAAUUCGAUAUAAGUGUAGGCCAUAGUGUUGCUGCCCGGGCAAAAUUUCCCUUGUAGCACACUGUAUGGCGUAUGCCCGUCUUCAUUAUCUCCAGCGGAGCAGAUCAGUAGGACGUUUAACCCCAUUUCAUUUCAUGCUUCUUUUUUUUUCAACUAUUUCUAAAAUCUACAUAUUAUUAAAAGAUGUUUUUGCAUCUCUGUCCCACUUUUUGGGACACAAUAACUCUGCUUCUAAUUGAGGUAGAAUGUUUAAGCUUGGUGUAGAUGAUGUUCAACAGUAUGUGAAUGUAUUGACUGUUGACUGAGUUCGAUGAUCAGUAUUUUCUGCUUGGGUUAAGCAGAGAUAAGCGAUUUGAUUGCCAAAGACUUUUGAACACAAUAAAUCAAGCUUCUAAAUGAGGGGGAAUGAAAACAGUUUGAUUGCUUGAUUGCAAGUAAUUAAUUAUUUUGGGUUUCAGGCAUUGGACAUCAGUCUGUUUGCUUUAAUACUGUUACAGAUAUUAUAAGAGUGGCUAUGAAGACCUGGUUUUCCCUGAGUAUCAGUGACUAGUUUGGUUCGUAUUGAACUCUUCAGCCUGACUGAUUGGUCUCGCUUUGCAUGCUUUUUUAUUUAUACUAUUCAGAAACCCCAGGGUUUCCAUGGUGACUAAUUGGCGGGGUUACCAGGGUUGGUCUCUUGGCGGCGUUUGUGAAUUUAUUACCAGGGUUGGUAGCUUGCUUACUCGGAUUGUACAGAGAUUUGAUGACUGAUGGUUUAGAUUAAAGUGCUAGUGUCCAUAUUUAUGCUAACUACGAUGCAUUGUGUUGGAUUGAGACAUGUUACUCGUCAUAACAAUAAAAGGUUGGUAUAUAGACAAGGAUGUUGAGGUAACACCUGUGAGGCUAAAUAUAAAUCUAAAGUUGGAACGCCCAGAGGUAGAAAGUUGACCGUCCAGUUAAUUCAACGGACAAUCUCAUCUCGAUCUAAAAAAGAAAGACAAAUAUCAGUCGCCUCCCACUCCCGAUUUCCAAGGCAUUUUAGUCCGAACCUUGACUGUCAUAUAAUUAAACUAUUUGGUACUAACCUAAAUAUAUUAAACCCCUCAGGCGCCAUGUUGAAUUACUCAGUAUUAAACAUUCAAAAACCAUACUACAUUAUGGAAUCAACGACAAAUCUAACCUUGGGCACACUGACCCUUUUGGACUUUGCUAUACUGUUACAGGUACUUAUAUUUCUAUCAUAUAAACAUAUUGUGUUUCUUGUAUAAUCAGACAUUGAGGGAUUCAGUCUCAUUUUUACAAAUUAUUUAUUCACUUUUUAAUAUUACAUCACUAUAAGUGGAGUUUAAACACAGUCCAUAAUAGUAUGAAAUUUAGAAUGUAGAUAUAUUAUAUAGUUUAAAGAUUAUUGGUCGUGCUUUAAUUAGUUAAAAGCCUAAUAAAUAGAUAAUUGAGAAAUUAGCACUUGUGGUAUUGGAGUUGAAUAAAGGUCCACUUUGAGUUUCAUUUGUUGAAAUAAUACUAACACAUCAUAAAGCUACUAGAAACAGAUAGACAAAUAUAUCAGGAAUUACAGUGGACCUUUAUUUAAAAUGUUUAUCCUAUUAUUCCUUGAAAUAUUGUUGAUAUCAAAAUAUUAAACAUUUAUUGGUUUAUUUUAUAUCUCUAUACUUUAUUGAUAUAUUUAUACAAGCUUAUAUAUAUUAUUUAAUUAUAUUUAUAUUCAAUAAAAUAACAACUGUAUAAUUUAACUUGCUAUAGCAAUAAGAAUAUAUGAACUGAUACAAUUAAAGGAGCUAAAUCUCUUUUUUUGGGCACCUAGAAAUGGACACAAAUGCGUCGCAACGCAUAUAAUAGUGUAAUAGGGUAUGAAUGUAUAUAAACUGAUUUUACAGUCAAUCAUUUCCGUUUUUACUCUAAUUUGAAAUUAGUUAUGUUCGGUGAAAUAUGCAAAGAGUCCAAAUUGAAUGGCAGUCUUUGGCAUCUGGUUAUUCUAGUCUACAAUGGUAGUAUUCUUCUGUGGGAUAGUUUAGCUUCGUUCAUCGAGUCGCAUGCCUUUGUUUUAUUUUCAUUUUAUUUGGUUGGUAUUUGCCUUUAUUAUUUGGCUUAAAUAAUGCAAGAUUGUGUUAUCUUUGAGAUAUUCUUCAUUUUGUUUUUAUAUGCCCACAUUGAAAUGUGGUUUUAUAUUGUUGUUGCCCCCGACCAUAGAGGCUACAGUUAAUAUCUGAUUGACUUUAAAUUUAUUCACAGUAUAUAAGGCCAUGAGACAAAGAAGCCCAUUCAUUUUCACUUAUUUCCGAUAAUUACUGCCAGAGUUAUGGCCCUUGAUAACUUUGAAAAAUCUUGUGGACGCUCUAGAGGCUACAGUUAAUAUCCGAUUGACUUUAAGUUUAUUCACAGUAUAUAAGGCCAUGAGACGAAGAAGCCCAUUGAUUUUUACAAAUUUCCGAUAUUUACUGCCAGAGUUAUGGCCCUUGAUAACUUUGAAAAAUCUUGUGGACGCUCUAAAGGCUAAAGUUAAUAUCCGAUUGACUUUAAAUUUAUACAUAGUGUUUAAGGUCAUCAGGUCAUGAUUUUAUAUUUAUACACCGUGUUGACAUUGUUUCGAUUGACUUUAGAUUGAUACACAGAGUUGAUGGUCUUGAGACGAACAAGUAUAUUGAUUUUCAAUGAUUUUUGAUAACUUGAACAGCUAAAUCCAUGGUAUUAAAUGUUUUGUAUACUAAAUGUUAGCAUGGGACAGACAAAUUCUAAUGAUUUUCUGAUAAUUACUUAAUGAAUUGUUACUCUUAAUCAGAUUUGAGUGUAUUAUAAAUGUUUCAUUAGCGACAAAAGUAAAAAAUAUGCUACAACUCUUGUUGACUGACCGGACAAUUUAGUUGCUGUGGGCGUAUUUUUGUUGCCUGGCAACCUAUCUUUUACAUGUAUUUAAAUCUGUAAAAAUGACAAUCUAGUCAGUAUUAAAAUUUGUAUUGCAAUUAUUAUCAUUAUAUAGUUACCCAAACACCAUUUGAUUUAGUAAGAGAGAGAUAAGCUAUUUUUCAGACCAUUCUUUUGGUAUGAAUGAAAAUAUUCUUGUUUCUGUCUUUUCUAUUGAAUUUUUGUUUGGCUUCUAAAGUUGUUUCAAAUUAGAUUAGUUUCAAAAAGAUAGUGUAUUCAUUUGUUAAUUUGUGUCUUCAUUUGCUAGAUCUAAUCAUAUAUAUCAUACCAUGAUUGUACCAAUUAAAAUGUAUUCUGUAUGUUUGGCUUUUGUUCAACAUAAUUAUCACAGAAAAAGAUGAAAUAUUUAAAUCAGUUUACUUGACAAAUAAAUAUUUACAUAUA